UCUUAGUUACCACUUAACACGGGGAGUUGCCUUUUUUUACAUUUGCAAUGAUUGUCUGUUUUUUAUUCAUGCUCUGGCUAAACGACUUCUGUCUCGUUGAUGGUCUAAGCAUUGAUAUUCAGAGAGAAUAUUUUUACCAUGGGAAAAGUUUAUUUUGUGCACAACUCCAGUGUACAGAAAACAUAACAGAAGACACUCAGAUGUCAGCUCUUGUCAACAUGUCACUCUAUAGGAUCAGUGAACCUGAAGGGAAGAUAUUGUUGGCGUCUAUUUCAGGAUCUGAUUCAAAGGUUCGAGAUCAUACAACAGCAGAAACUUACGUUGAUGGUAAAAUAUCAAAAUAUUACGGAGAACUGGUCUUGUUUCUACCUAAAGAAUCGGACUGUCUUAAACAUGUUUAUGAAUGUGAAGUAUACUUUAACACUUCGAAUGGAUUUGUUUCUAGCAAAGUAAAGAGGACAACUGAUGUAAAUCACAAAAAGCGUGAUUCAAUAUUAAUUAUGAACUUAAAGGCCAAGACAACAGAUUAUGUGAAGACUGUAGAUAGGGUAACCAAUUUUCUGAAAUUGUUUGAAGAUUCAGGUGAAGAGAAUAGCGAGGAGCUGUCUCUGUCUUUACAUAGAUCGCAUGCAGAUAGCUUCCAGUAUAUCAACGACAAAACAGAUUUGCCUCGAUCAACAGAACUCAGCAACUCGAGUCACGUCAUGAGUUAUAACAUUCUCAACAUGUUGCAUAACAGGAUCAACAAUCUCACUGUUGAUUACAACCAAGCACUAACAAGCAUGGAAAAUAAACUGAGUCUAAAAAUAGAUGCAAACGAGGCUGCUCAAAAUGGAACACAGAGAUUUCUCCAGGAUUCUGUUAAUGCUUUAAAUAAAUCUAUUCAGUCUAUUGAGUCUAAGGAGCAAAAACAAACAGAAGAGUUUCAUGAAGCGCUGAAACAACUAGAAGAUAAAAUCAGAGAAAUGACCAAAGAAGAAUUCAAUAAAACCUUGCAAUUGAUUGGAAACUUAAACAGAUCUGUAGAGGAGUUAAAAAGUGAACAACCUUUCCUCAUUCACGAGUCACAGUGUCGAAAGACGAACGACAGAUCUAUAUUAACUCUGCCGGAUCAGGUGAAACUAAAACUCAUUGACAGCACAGUAGCCUUGUGUGACGUCACAACAGACGGAGGAGGAUGGAUAGUCAUACAGCGACGUGUUAAAGGCGAUGUGAAUUUUACACGAAACUGGAGCGACUACAAAAAUGGUUUCGGGACAUUAGAUGGAGAUUUCUGGCUGGGAAAUGACCUGAUCUCAAACCUAACAUUGAGGGGCUGGAGGGAGCUUAGGUUUGACAUGACUCACAAGGGUAAAUCUUACUACGCUGUUUACAGUAACUUCACUGUGGGAAAUGAAGCAGCUUUGUAUAGAGUAAGCUUCAACAACAAGGGAGGUAACAUUAAGGAUGAAUUCACUUAUCACAACAACAUGGCUUUCACAACUGUGGACAGGGACAACGACCUCAGGGCAGAUAACUGUGCUGUAGAAUACAAGGGCGGCUGGUGGUACAAUAGCUGUCAUUGUGUGAACAUGAAUGGAGUGUGGGCAAGUCAAAAGAGCAGUCAAGGAAUCAUCUGGGGAACUGUAACAUCUUACACUGAUUCUCUGGAAUUUGUCGAGAUGAAACUACGAAAGCAGUGAUCAUCCUACUCAGCACGGUGUAUUUCACCAAGAAACGAAAAUUAUUAAA